CAAUUAUAUAGAUGACUUGAUUAUAGAACAAACAAAAUUGUUUAAAGGAACGCAGUCAAGGUUAAUGCGUACCUACAAGGAAAAGUUGUCUUCAAAGAAACAAAUAAGAAUGAUCAUUAUUGUGUGCAUUGCUAAAUAAUACAAUCAAUUUUAAAAAAGCUGAACUUAUUUGUUUUAAAUAAGAUGACAUCUCUUGCGAUAACACCUACAAAUACAAAAAGAUUUCCUCAGGCCAGAAAUGUACGUCACGGUAGCGUUAUUGAUUUGGACAUUGACAUGUUUCUUAAGAUAUCAAAUUAUGAAGACACAGUUAGACAACUUGAUAUCUAUUAUGGAAUUGUUAAGAGACAAUUGCUACGUUACCAGAGUUGCAUAACAGGUCUUUUUCCACAAAUUUCAAAUGACAAGAAAGUUGGAAGUGUACGAGAAAGUAUUUAUUGUGCUGCUGCUGUUUGGAGUUUGUACCAAGCAUAUAGACGUAUAGAUGAUGAUCGUGGCAAAUCUUAUGAACUUGGACAAUCGGCUGUAAAAUGUAUGCGUGGAAUUUUAGAAUGUUGGGUAAAACAGUCUCCACGAAUAGAGUUAUUUAAACGCAACCAAUGUAACCGCUUUGCAUUGCAUUGUAAAUUUCAUUUAGAUACUGGUGAUGAAAUUUUUAAAGAUGCUGAUUAUAAUCAUUUGCAAAUAGAUAUUGUUUCUCUCUAUUUGAUAUUUUUGGUACAAAUGAUUUCCUCUGGAUUACAAAUUAUAUAUACUCAAGAUGAAGUAGCAUUUAUACAAAAUCUUGUAUAUUAUGUAGAAAGAGCAUAUCGUACACCAGAUUAUGGCAUGUGGGAACGUGGUAGCAGGUAUAAUGAUGGUACACCUGAAAUACAUGCAAGUUCAAUCGGCAUAGCUAAAAGUGCUCUUGAAGCUAUUAAUGGAUGCAACCUGUUUGGAGAAAAGGGAGCAUCUUGGUCAGUCAUAUAUGUUGACAUUGAUGCACACAAUCGAAAUCGUAGCAUUUUUGAAACAAUGCUUCCAAGAGAAUCUAGUUCUAAGAGUGUAGAUACAGCUUUAUUGCCAACAAUAUCUUUUCCUGCAUUUGCCACCCAUGAAGAAGUCUUGUACAAUGAAACAAAAGCAAAUAUAGUUCGAAGAUUAAGAGGCAAUUAUGGGUUUAAGAGAUUUGGUAGAGAUGGAUAUAAGACAGUUUUAGAAAGCAAAGAUCGACGCUAUUACAAAUCCGGUGAAAUCAAGGAGUUUGAUAAUAUAGAAUGCGAAUGGCCAUUAUUUUAUAUUUUUAUGAUCAUUGAUGGUGUUUUUAAAACCCUGCCAGAACAAGUGGAAGAAUACCAGAAUUUAUUAAAAGAACGAAUGUACAAAGAUAUUAAUGGGGAUCCCGUUGUACCUAUGUAUUACUAUGUUCCUGAGGAAAGCUUUGAAGCAGAAAGAAACGAUCCUGGUAGUACUUAUCGAAUACCAAGUAAUGAAGGAAGAGGGCAAAAAAGUUCUACAGAUACAGAACCUGGCCCUAUGUAUCUAUGGAAUCAAGCUAUGUUGAUAAUUGCUCAACUACUUACUGCUGGUUUAUUACAUAUUAAUGAACUUGAUCCAAUUAGACGUUAUCUUCCUUCAUACAAUAGACCAAGAAAAGCUGGAAGGUAUUCAGCUUUUCAAGGUACUCAUACUGAUCUUGUAGUACAAAUCAUUCUUAUUGCUGAAUCUAUGCGAUUACAAGCUAUGAUGGCAACAUAUGGUAUACAAACACAAACACCACACGAAGUGGAACCUGUACAAAUAUUAUCAUCUACACAAUUGGUAAAAGUUUAUGAAAAAUUAGGAGUGAAUAAUAAAUUAAAUCUACAAGGUCGACCAGCUAGACCAAUUGGGUCUUUAGGUACCAGCAAGGUGUAUAGAGUGUGUGGUAUGACAGUUCUUUGUUAUCCUCUAAUAUUUGAAGUGUCAGAAUUUUACUUAUAUAGGGACAUGGCUUUACUAAUCGAUGAUAUCAAAACUGAGCUUCAGUUUGUAGGUAAAUAUUGGCGACUUUCGGGUCGACCUACUGUAUGUCUGUUAAUACGAGAAGAACACAUGAGAGAUCCACAAUUUAAAGAAAUGCUUGAUCUUUUUGCUAUGUUAAAGAAAGGAUAUUGUGAUAAAACAAAAGUAAGAAUUGGUCGAUUGCAAAAUCUUAUUUCAUCUUCAUGUAUUGAACAUUUAGAUUUCGUAAACACUGUAGAAACAAAUCUUGAACUUGCUCAAUUUAAGCAGUUAGAACAUGAUUAUAUUGGGUAUCAAAGUUUAACAGAUGUACCUAAAGCUUUAGCUUAUACAGAAAAUAUAAAAGAUUAUUCUAAUUAUAUGAAUGAACCAUUAUACAAUAUAUUAAAUGAGAUUCGAAAUAAUAAAAGCCUUUAUACUUUAUGUCAACUUUAUUUUAUUUUGUUAAAACGAGAAGGUAUUAACUACGAAAUUAAUGAAAUGACAGUUGGAGAUCACUUGAAAUCAUUGUAUCAACAAGCAGGUUGUCUCAGAUAUUGGAUGGUCGUUCGUUAUUGUAGUAGUUUAUUAAACCAUACCGUUGACAGUAUAAGUCCUUUUAUAACAGGAGUUCUUGUUAAAGGAAAACAGAUAACAGUUGGAGUAAUUGGACAGGAAGAAACAGUAUUUGAUAAACCAAUGACACCUACAGAAAUUCAAUCAGUAAUGUAUUCUACAAUUCAACCACAUAAUGUAGUGCAAGCAGUACUUCAACAAGAGGUUUUAUUAUACUGUGGUAGGCUUAUUGGAACAAAUCCGGAAAUGUUUAAAGGAAUAUUGAAAAUUCGUAUUGGGUGGGUUUUAGAAGCAAUAAAGCUUUAUCUGCAAAUGUUUGUUAAAAAUUUUAAACCAAUUGAAAAUUAUAGUCCAUAUGAGAUUCGUCGAUUUCUCAUAAAAGUAUUAACGGUUAAAGAUUGGGCCAAUGAUGAAAAACUUACAGUUUUAGGACGGAGAAAAAUUGAAGGAUGUUUAUGUAGGGUACCUGCGCAUUUUUAUAAUCAUGUCUGGGAAGUAUUAAUGCGUUGUCCAGAUGGUAUUUCUGUUAAUGGACGAGAAUUGCCUCAACAACCUACUUUAUCUAAUAUGACUCGCUCAGAACUUACGUUUGCCUUGCUUGUGGAGUCGUUACUACAUCAUAUACAAUUACCAGAGUAUCGCCAAAUUAUCGUAGAGUUACUUACCACGGUAUCAACAAUUUUACUACGAAAUCCAGAAUUAAGUUUUCAGAAACAGUUAAAUCUUAAUAAACUUGUUGAAGAUAGUUUUCUUAUGUAUUGCAAGGAUCACAAUUUAGAGAAAACUACUGAUCAGACAUUAUUUUUCUCUGCUCACUACUCAAUAACUACAGGAUAUCUUGCUAGGGCUGUAGUUAAUAAUGUACUUACUGGAGGAUGUUUUGCAACUAUUCAUGACAUUAACGACGCAAUUGAAAACAGAGAAACUUGCAAAAUUACAUAA